UGUCUGUUGUGUUGUUCUCCCUGAUAGCGUUUAUUUAACAAACGUCGUGUACCCGUAAUUAACAUUAGUCAUUCAUUUUGACAUGUGAUGUCUGGCAAUAUUUGUCGGAAAUAAGCUGUACUAAUCAGAUCUACUGACCAUUCUUAUUUGUUGAGUUGGCACAUAAGUUUAUGUAUCAUAACCAAUACCUACUGGAAAAGCUAUUUCACAAUUAUUCACAACGGUGUUAAAAAUUAAUGUGAAAAGUUGUUGUAAAAUGUAGGUAUUACAGUUAUUAGCAAACGUCAAGAGCCCAAUGUAAUAAACUGUAAAAUCGCCUUUUACUACAAUGCCUUUGACAACAAGGACUGUAACUUAUUUUUGGUGCUUGCUUUUUGUUGGAGCUUUUGGUGAAAAGCCUUCAUAUCAUGGAGAGAGAAAAUGUGAACUGAGAGUAAUAAACUUCCUACAAUGUAAAGAAAACGAAGCUUGUGUGAGUGUAGAUACAAGGACAAUAUGUCAAUGCAGAACAGAUUAUGAAAGAAAUGACAACGGUGUUUGCCAACCAGUGCCUAAACCAUCCAACCCAAUUUCAUCACCAAAUACUGCAGAUAAAUCAAGUUCAGGUGGAUUUGGGUUCAAGCUGAUCCUAUGGCUGAUAAUGCCUGUCCUACUAGCAGUUUCUAUUGGAGGAAUCGUCUACACUGGCCGCCAGAAGAUGUGGCUCAACAGAUUGUACAGGAUGCGGGUACGCUCUUACAACAAUGUUUUGAGCACAAGGCCUGUAUAGGUUAAGGAAUUGAUGUAUUGCGUAGUCUUAUCGGUGCAUUAAGAAACCCAACCACAGAUAAAUGUUAUUUGUUGGAUGACUCCGGAAUCUGCUAUUGCUGUGUGAAAAGCGUUGUUUCCCUCUUUUGCUAUGAAAUAGUUUUUACCAGAAUGCUGACUUUUGUACAAAGAAAUCUGAAGAUACCAAGACUAUCCUGUAAUGUAAAUGUGUUUUAUAAACAAAUAUAGAUAAAUAUUAUUUUUGUUUGAACUAUGUUAAAUUAAAAUAAACAAUGUAGUAUAUCA